UUCAUUUAUUAACAUAGAUAUAGGGAAGUUGUGUAACAAAUACACGGGAUGCCAAAUGAAACUGAAUAGCUUGAAAGUACUAAAAUUCGCUAAAUCCUGCUCAAUUCGGGUCAGGCACACAUUUCAAAACAACUCGUUUAUAAGAUAAGCUUCAAAAAGUGACAAAAACUAAUCAAACUGAGUAUAGAUCCUUCCUGUUUUAGCAAUGAGAGGAGAAUCAAGGGUUUUCAUGAUAAGAAUUUUGCUUUUCAUUUGCUAUCUGUGGAUUGGUGCAGCGAUAUUUAUGACUCUCGAGAGGGAGAAUAAUGGCGGGAAAACUACCGAUGGAAAAGAGAUUCUUCGUCUUCUCCAAAUAAACGCAACCCAGCGAUUCAAGAUGAAAGAGGAAGACUUCCUCGCCAUGAUAUUUAACAUAUCAAGUAUGACGGCGUUAUCGAGUCAAAGAAAUAACUGGGAUGUAUUUAAAGGGUUGACCUUCGCUACACAUCUGUUGACGACUAUUGGUUAUGGAAACUUGACGCCGAAGACUCCAGGUGGCCAACUCUUCACCAUCUUCUACGCGUUAGUUGGAAUCCCUUUGACCCUGUUAACGCUUAAAUCCAUGGGCAACCACUAUAACCACUACAUCAAGAAACUCAUCAUACUGAUCGAGACGAGAUGCCUCAAGCGAACGGAAGUGAAAGGUCUUGAAGGAAAGGUCUGCUUGGGCGACAUAACCGUCGCUAUUCUUUACCUCUUAAUUGCCUCUUUUUUCUCAUGCACUCGCGAAAAUUGGACAUUCCUUCAAUCAGUGUACGCUUGGUUUAUCACCUUGACAACGGUCGGUUUCGGGGAUCUUAUUCCUGCUACUUCUGAUGUCAUGAGUCUGUUACUCGGGUUAUGUUUCAUGUCGGCUUUAUUGGAUGCUGUGGCCACGUAUGGCGAAAAGUCAGAUUUGCGUUCUUUUCAGUGUCGCAGGUUUUGUUGCUGCCAACGCGGGACGGUCCCGCGGGGCGAGAAGGAUUUCGAGGCGUCACAAGACGAGUUGAGUGGGUAUUGGGAACGAGUGAAACACGUGGCUUCUCAGACAGAUGACGCUGUCUCGAUAGACUCCAAAUUGUAGACGUCAGCACAACCCUUCUCAUGUGGGACAUUGAAAUUAUCUUGAACACACCCUAUAUCAAAAUAGAGGCCACGGAUAAUAUUCUUUAUUGUAUUGAUUUUACAUAUGAUGCAUAAUAGAGAAAUUUAAGAAAAUAUGACCUUUUUUAAACGCUUCCUAAAGUACUAGUUUCCAAGCCACGCCACUGUUGAUUAUCCUGUAUCAUUUGAAUAUAAAUGCAAACAAAUUAACGUGUCUUCUUUCUAAAGGCUAAAAUUUGUUUUAAGUGGUUCUACGAGAUUACUGGAAUUCAACAGGAAUAACCGAAAAAAAGAAAGUUUACCCACAUGUAAAUCACUUUAUCCCUACAGCUAAGUAAUAGAGAGAGAAAUGGUAGAGCCAAAUUUUGUUGCGAACGGCAUUUUGCGUUGUUAUAACACUAUGGCGAGAUAUAUUGUUGAUUAAUGUGAGGUAUUGUACUAUGUGGCGUUAUCGGCUCCCUGUGCUUAUUGGGCACUACCUACCCACUAGCCUACCCACAGACCCGGGGUAUGGAUCGCGUUAGCCCCUAUGACACACAAGAUUUGGGCUUCCUGUGGCAAAUAAAAAGAGAAUAAAAAAGGGGAGGGGUCUUCCUCGCGCUUAUUAGCUUACAUACCACAGGGGUCUCAAAUUUAUUUUUGUCAGCCAUACAUAUGUUAUUAUUUUCAUUCAGAUAAAUUAUUUGAAGAAAUUUCAAAUUGACCAUCUAGGAAAAAUUAUUUUUUUACGUUAUUGUACCAAUUGUACCCUGCUAGCAGAAACAGAGGCCUCUUUUCUUUGUAUUUUGCUGGGAAUGAUUUUGAGCGAUCGCUCGAGUUUUUCGUUAAAAAAAAGACAGGGUAAACGCCUUCAUUGCAGGAAAACUUGGUUAUUUGCUCGAUUACAAAGUGGUGGCUGGUAGAGAUCAGAGAUUAAGGAUACCUUCUUAUGAGGUGCUUCGGUUCGCGUGGUUUUUGCCUACACCCCGAUGAAAGGAUAAUCCAGCACUAUUAAUUGCCAUUGACAACUCCGGAGCAUUUUCGGUAAAAAUCAAUUCCACAAUGUGAAAAAUUGUCAAGUGCUUGACAUGUCAUCGCCAAACCUCUGCGACCCCAUUAGCAGACUGCUAUGCAAAUACCCAAAUUAAUAACUAGGUUUCAUGCACUCCCGAUCCUCUCGCACAACUUGUCGCAUUCCUGGCUCUUUACUAAGCUUGUAAGCCCCUUAUCGCAAAACUCGGACUUAUAAAAGAUCUUCUCCCGACGCAUGCAAGACUUGCACCACGCACGAGACUCGCUGAAGAAAUUAGAGAGAAGAAUGUCUGCACGUGUUCGAAAUCCUUUUGGUUCUAAAGUGUUUUGGUGAUUAUGAAUGUUGAAAUCUUCCAAAAGGGUUUGUGUGUGAUUCUAAGGGGCUGUACGUGCGUGAUGUUAUAAGCGGGCUACGUGUUUAAAAUGCGCUAAAAGCUCACCAUGUGAUAUAGUAAUUACAGGAAGUAUUCAAAUCGGAUAUUCCAGUGCAAGUAAACACGUGAAAUUGUCAUUAUUACUUUGUUCCUGAGCUGAAGUAUUACAAAAAUCUCUCCAGACUUGAUUUACGCAAACCAGACACUAAAACACCGUGUGGAGAACAAGAGUUCAAUCUCAAUUGCCGCUAAAAUGCAGGAAGACUGUGACAGAUUUUCCACCGAGAGUCAAGAUUCGUUGGAAUUCGACGAGCGAAAUGAAGAAAAAACGAGCCUUCGUACCAUUAUAGUCAAAGAUGAGAAUCAAAGCAGGCUUUUGAAGUCAUUGAAGGAGCAUUUUAAAGGAGACAAUGUCAUUAUCAAGCCAAGUUCGAUUCGCCCGCGUCCACGCGCUAGAGUUCAACCAGCCCGCAAUGACCCACUUGGAAAUACCAAACAAGAACGAAUAGCAGGCUGGAUUAGAAAGCAUUCCUUGGUCAAAGAAACACAGAUCAGGGAGCUUAUAAAUCGAGAGAACAGUCAAGAAAGCCUUCCAAAGAUUCGUGUAACCAAGCCUAAGAAUGCACCCCUUAAGAAGCCCGCACACGCGCAAAAAGUUUACCGUAGUUAUAGCGCGGGAGAUAUUUUCAAUAUUGACACAAGCGUUAGCGUAAAAGAGGAUAAACUAGUCCCACAUCCCCCGCCUCCACAGACAAAGAAACCACGAGCUAGAAGUGUUAGCCUUUGCGGGCCUUCGCCUAGGAUAUCUCGAAGGGUCACAUCAAGAAUGGAUGAAGAUAUCAAAUACUCCUUAGAAGUCCCAAACGCGAAAAUUCCACAAAAGGAAUUCAUAUCACAGGAACAAACAACGCUCAAACCUUUGCUUGCAAUGAGUCGAGAGAUGAGUUCGUCUGCGCCGGAUUUGUCUAAUUUGGGUUUCAAACAAAUAGCUGAUUCGAAGUCUGAUGCAAAGCAUAGUAGUUUUAGCGACUUAAAAAAAGAGCGGCCGCUAUGUGAGCUUCUACCUCCGAUGGUUUUGCCAAGUAUUUACCAGACCCAGCUAGUUAUAGACGAAAUGAAACAUGUUGAUCGCAACAACUGGAGAAAGCCUGGAGAGCGAAUAGACAUUGAUAUGAGUGGCUUGACGAGAAACCUAAAAGACUGUAGGUAUUUGCGGGUAAAACCUAGGAAAACAAACAAAUUCAAAGUUUGAAUUAGUAUGGAUUCCAUGUGACAACACUCGGGUAACCCAUAAUUGGAGUGGACCCGUGAUUCUGAUUCUUGAUAUUCGACUCGAUAUGGUAUCCUACACUGUAGGCCAUUUGCUGUCUGUGAGACACUUCAGCUGAAAACAAUACGUUUAAAGGACACUGUUGUUUUGUCCUGUUAAUACAAAAACUAGAAGAAGUGCGUGUAACGCAAAGAGUAUACUCGAAAUCCUUCUAAAAAAGGAUCAAGUAAAAGGAUGUAAAAUACACUGAAUUACAACAUAAUUACAAUGAAAUUAGAGAUA